UAUAUAUGACGCCAUAUUGGAUCUUUUGAGGAAUGUAUAUAGUUUAUUUUAACAAGACACAAAACAAGAAACACAAGUUUUAAUACAUUAUAAUAGACAAAUAUAAAAAUUUAUUUAAAGAUGGACGUAGUGAGGGCAUUUAACAAUGAGUUGUCAUCACUGUAUGAGGGCAAACCACCUGUUUCAAAAGCAAGAAUGACACAGGUCACAAAGGCUGCCAUCAAAGGAAUUAAGUUUUAUAAACACAUAGUUCAAAGUGUUGAGAAGUUUAUUCAGAAGUGUCGACCAGAAUACAAGAUUCCUGGACUUUAUGUUAUUGACUCUAUUGUACGACAGUCAAAGCACCAGUUUUCUGAUAAAGAUGUCUUUGCCCCACGUUUUUCGAAGAAUAUAACUACAACUUUUCAGAAUCUUUUUAAAUGUCCUGAUGAAGACAGGCCAAGGAUUGUAAGAGUUUUGAAUUUGUGGCAGAAGAACAGUGUAUUCCCAAGUGAAAUUAUUCAGCCUCUUUUAGACUUAGCAAAUCCAAACAUGAAUAUCAACCAGUCUCCAGGUGAAACUGAAUCCUAUGAAAGAAAUUCAGCAAAACCUAGAAGUUCCACAGAAAUCCCAGUCUGGAAGGGCUGGAAACAAUCUAGACAAGGAAAUGAAAGCUUUUUGGAAUCUGGGAUUUUUAUAAAUUCAGAGGAUGAAAAGCAGAUUACAUCUUCGAUAAUGAUGGAUACGGCUACAGAAAACAGUGAUAACCAGCAUGCACCUAACUUAGAUCUUCUUUCUCGCCUGCAUCAGCUGAAUACCACAAUACCUGCUGUGAGGCCAGAAGUAACCACUGUUAAGUUUAAUAAGAAACUGCUGGAUUUUGAUUAUGGAGAUGAAGAAGAUGAGAAACAAGAGGAAACAAACCAGUUUUCUGAACCCAAUGCCCUUGCUUUGAGUAUGGCCCAAAAUUUGUUAUCUAAUCCUGAACUUCUGCAGCAGCUACAGCAGAUGCAACAAACUAUACAGCAAAAUGAAGUAUUUAAAGCAGACUUUUCCAUGUUAGAUAAUAUACAGGAGCAGAAGGACCUUUUAUACCCACAGCAAGCAUCAUCAGAAUUACCAUUUCCUAAUGACCAUCAACUUCCUGAACAUCCUCCUCAUGCUACAGUUUUUGGCAGCAGUAGUUUGUCAUACAUUCCUGAACCCCCACCAUACCUAUCCACUGGGCAGGGGCCUGGCAACAACUAUCUGCCUGUAAACUAUAAACAGCCUCCUCUACCUCCAAAUACUGUAAACUCUGAACAAGAUGACAGCCAACAGUCCUUUGGCAUGAUUAACAAUAUAUCCCUUCCUCUAGAAGACCAGGAUGAAAGAAAUAGAGCACUAAACUCAGUAAUGACAGAGGAUAAAGAUGAAAGGGAAAAAUCUUUGUCUCCUUCUCGAUCCAAGCCCAGGUCAUCUCGCCGACAUAGUAGAAGAAGCAGGUCUAGGUCUCCUAGAAGACAACGAUCUCGGUCUGGUUCACGCUCUCGGUCUCACCAUAAGCGGGACAGAUCUCGGUCUAGAUCACGAGAGAGAGAAAGAAGGAAGAAAGGCUUACCACCUAUAAAAAAGGGAUACUUAUGUGUUUGUAGUACCACCUUGUGGCUCGGACACAUACCAAAAAUAGCAUCAGAAGCCAACAUUUAUGACGUCUUUGCAGAAUUUGGUACCAUUGCUAGUAUUGACAUGAUAGUUCCUCGAGGAUGUGUCUAUGUUUGUAUGGAUAGGAGACAGGAUGCAUAUAAGGCCCUUCAGUCUUUAAAAAACUUAAAAUUACAUGGAAGUGCAAUCAAGAUGGCCUGGGCUCCUGGUAAGGGUGUGAAGGGGAAGGAGUAUAAAGAUUUCUGGGAAGUAGGAGUGGGAGUUAGCUAUAUUCCCUACCAUAAAAUUCCAGAUGAUGUUGAUCUUGAUGCUCUAGAAGAUGGAGGUGUGGUUGAUGAUGAAUCAGUGCCAGAAAACUUAAAAGAACAACAAAGAACACGACAAAAAGAGAAAGAAGAAGCUCGAAAGCAGGCAGAAAAAGAUCUUGCAAAGAAUCGGGAGCAAGCAGCUAACCAUGCAGACUCUUCUUUGUCAAAUACAGUUGGUGGACUUCCUCCAGUAAAUAUGCAAGUGGUCCCUCAAAUUGUACAGCCACAUUUUGGAAUUGCUGUGCCUGGUAUUAUGCCAACGCAGUCUGUGGUGAUGCCAAUGACAGUGGGAAUUCCUCAGAAUUCACUUGUGAUGAUUCCCCCAAACACUCAGCCGAUGCAAGGAGGACACUGGCUGCCACCCAUUCCCAGCAUGGCUGCUGUUUCUACAUGUCAACAGCUACAAGCUCUUAGUACAGUCCAGAGUCUGUGUAUAUCAACUUUCCCAGUUCACAGCACAGCAGAUGCAAUUUCUCAGUCCAUGGAUCUUUCAGGAGAUGCUACUCCAACUGAAGAAGAAGGAACUUGUUUGCCUCUAGAGUCCAACUCAGUAAAUAGCCAGCACAUCACCAGUACCACCACUACAACUAGUGGAAAUUUCUCUUUAUUGCCACAUAUCCCUUCACUUUCAAACCAUUCCAAUUUGUCAACUGUUUCUUCAGUUGAACAACCCUCAUCAGGGGUACCUCCUCCUGUUCACUCAACCAUUCCCCAACCUGUAGGACAGAUGCCUUUUCUUCCUUCUGUUGGGGGUUUCCAGCAGCCAGCUCGACCACCAGGACAGUUCCAGACUGGAAUGAUUCAUCAAGGACUGGUUUCUUGGGGGCCAGUAAACAGUCAACUCCCACCACCAUCUACAGUCAGCACAGAAAACUCUACUACUACAGUCACAGUGGCAGCUCUUUCACAGUUUGGCUCACCUCACAUACCCUGUACCAUUCUUCAUCCCCCUACAUCUGGUCUUGGUCCACACAUGUCAGGCCCAUACCAAGGCCAAGGACAUAAUGGUAACAGGAUGCCAAAUCUAGUUUUUUCUCCUUUAAGACAUCCAUCUCUUUUGGCAUCUAGUAAUUUGGGAGUGCAGCAGCAAUCUUUGGAUUUAAGAAGUCCAGGUAAUUCUCAUUAUCCUUUACCUGGACCUAGUUUCCAGUCCAAUCAAUUAGGUCAAAUUCCAACAAACACAAGGCCCCAAGAACAGCAAGUUAGUGAAAGUGCUCUUCAACAAAGAUCAUCAGGGAAUGAAAGGAAAGUUCUGCUUUCUCCCCCCAAAAUGCCCCCUGACCUUGGGCCAAGAACUAGAGGUCCACUUCCACCAGAACAUAUGAAUUUUCCCCCAUAUUCACCACUUUUAAAUCCAGUUAGAGGUCCUCCUCCACAUGGAUUUCCUCCCCGUGGUGGGCCAAGACCUAGAAUGGAAUUUGUUGGCUCACAGCUAGGAGGAAGAUCUAGGCCACGAGGACCAUCAUUUGAUUGGAACCGACCACACUUUGCUGUACACCCAGAUAGAAUGCGACCUCGGCCAGGAUUUCUUCCUAGAGAAUUCUUUGAACCACACUUUGGAAGAGCAAAAUUUGAUGGAAGAUUUCAAGACAGCAGGGAGAGGAUGGAACAGGCAGUAUCUAAUCGCCAUCCUAUACCUUAUGCUUGGCAACGUGGAGAGAAUUUAAACGAUCAUGAUUGGUCCAGAGAAAAAGGAAGAUAUGGUCGUGGCAGAGAACACGACCACUGGAAAAAAGAUAAUAGUGAAAAUGAUGAAAGAGAUUUUGUGAAGUCUAGAAAUAUGAACAGAAACGAUCGUCAGAACUGUGGCAAGACCUCAAGGGACACAGAGCCUAGGAAAAAUGGAGAUCAUGCUAUCUCCAAAUCCAGCGUUCAGCAAACUGGAGCAAGUACUAACAAUAAAGCUGAAGAUGAAAUCAGUGUACAAGAAAAUGGACAAAAAAGUGAAGAGAAAGUAGAAAAACAGUGACAUUCAUCUUUGUUAUAAAGAAGGUAAAGUUAUUCAAAGCUACUUUGUGUGCAUUUAGUAAAUUCAAGACACAUUGCCUUGACAAGCUUCAAAUUUGAAAUGAAAUUUUCUCAAGAAGUGUUUUAGUUCUGUGUGAUUAUAAAAUAAAUUCAGAACAUGUUUUUAUUAUUAUGUUUUCAUUAACAACAAUAUAAUCUUGUUAUAAAUAGUUUUCAGUUACAUUGAAAAACUGCAACACUAAACUUGACCUGAAGUGAAAUACAGAAUACACAUGUAUAUACAGUGGAAUGACUUAUCACAGGUUGUGAAGAAAGUCAUGUUGUAAAUAUUGACCUGAAGUGAAAUACAGAAUACACAUGUACGUACAGUGGAAUGACUUAUCACAGGUUGUGAAGAAAGUCAUGUUGUAAAUAUUGACCUGAAGUGAAAUACAGAAUACACAUGUACGUACAGUGGAGUGACUUAUUGCAGGUUGUGAAGAAAGUCAUGUUGUGAGUAGUGACCUGAAGUGAAAUAUAGAAUACACAUGUACAUACAGUGGAAUGACUUAUCACAGGUUGUGAAGAAAGUCAUGUUGUGAAUAGUGACCUGAAGUGAAAUACAGAAUACACAUGUACGUACAGUGGAAUGACUUAUCUGAGGUUGUGAAGAAAGUCAUGUUGUGAAUAGUAACCUGAAGUGAAAUACAGAAUCCACACAUAUAUACAGUGGAAUGACUUAUCACAGGUUGUGAAGAAAGUCAUGUUGUGAGUAGUGACCUGAAGUGAAAUAAAGAAUACACAUGUACGUACAGUGGAAUGACUUAUCGCAGGUUGUGAAGAAAGUCAUGUUGUGAAUAGUGACCUGAAGUGAAAUACAGAAUACACAUGUACAACUUUACCGAUAUGCAGCCAUUCGUAACCAUAAUACAUUUUCUGCAAUCUGAUUUUUAUUUCAUUAAAAAUAUUUUACAGUCAAGAUUUACGUUGAUUGUUAGAUUGUAAGCAGAAAAUUGUAGAUUGUAUGUGGAUUAAGACACUAAGAACAAAGAGAUUAUCAAAGAGACAAGUUAAUACUAAAUAUGGAAAGGUUUGCCACAGUAUAGAUUCAUCUGGAUGAGAGAAAAAUACAGUUUAAUGUAGGACAGUUUUUGUAAAUUGUGUUUGUACAUUUUUGACUUUUUCAUCUGAUUUAUUUGUAUAAAUUUGGGUAAUGAUGUUGUGUUCACUAACACCAUUGCUGUAACUAUAGUUGUUAAUCAGUAUUUGAUGUAGCAUUAAAUAUGUUAUUGGUAGUGUGUCAA